AUGCCACCAAAGAAAGAUGCAUUUGCAGAUUUAUUCCAAUCAGCAAGUGCAAACAAUAAUGUAAAUUCACGGCUAAACAAAUUAUCAUUAUCAGAACGUCAAAAAUUACAACAACAACCAUUAAAUCAAUCCAAUUCUAUUAAUUCAUCUUGGUCUAAUUUAAAUAUCUUAUCUCCACAAUCUAGUUCUCAUUCUUCACAAAUUCCAAGUAGAGUUUCAACUCCAAAGGCGCAAGGCGUAAACAACUUCAAUCAUUAUAGCAUAAAUUCAACCACAUCAAAUAUAGAUGAUGAUCCUUUUGCAAUCUUUAAUAAACCUGAACCGCAAGUGCAAUCACGUCCACAAUCACAAUCACCAACCAUAAGUCUAAAUGGCAACAGCAACCAUACUCAACAUUCAAAUCAACAAUCAUUGCUAGAUGAUGAUGAUUUUAUAGAUAUUUAUCCAGAACAAAAACAAUCAAUUGCAUCAAAGUCAUCAACUUCACAUCCAAUAGCACCUCCAAAACCAAUCAGACCAACUGUAAAUAGAAACAACUCAAACAACUCGCAUAUUUCAAAUAAUUCAUUCAAAUCCACAAAAAAAGAUCAAGUACUUGCAGAAUUAAUAGAUAUCGGAUUUUCCAUAGAGGAUUCAAAUGAAGCUAUUUCUCAGCUAGGUCCAAAUUUACAGGAUUGUGUUAAUUAUAUAAUGAAUAAAAAUUCUGGAUCAUCUACUUCAUCUAGAUCAUCAUCAAGAACUACAACUAGAGAUAAUAGUCAUCAACAAACUUCUACUACUUAUUAUGAAGAAGAUGAUUCUAUAUUAGGUAUAAGACCAGAUAAAAUAAAUUUUAAUGAAAUUGGAAAUGAUUUAUUUAAAAAAGCUAAUUCAUUUUACAAUUUCUCUAAAAAGAAAGUCAUUGAAAAUUUAGAAAAUUUUAAUAAUAACGGUAAUAAUAAUAGUGACAAUUUACCUCAAUGGAUGAAAAAUCAAAACAAGUAUAAAUCACAAGCACAUGAAAAAACAUUUGGUGGUGAAGAUUAUGGAUCAGAUGAUGAAAAUAUAAAUCAAGAAGAAAUUAGUAAAUAUAUGAGAUUACAAAGAGAAAAGGAAAAACAAAGAUCAAGAGAAAGAUCAGAAGAAAGAUCAGAGGAAGUAAAACAAAAGGAGAAAGAUUACUUACCUUCAAGACCUCAAAGACCAAUUUCAAGAACUUCUUCGCCAAUACCGCCAAAACAACCUCAAAGACCAUCUAACUCAAGAUCAAGUUCAAAGAAUGGCAAUGUUUCACAAAUAAAACAGGAACCAUCAUCAAAUAUAAGAAACAACGAUAGACAAAGUUCUACGCCAUCAUCAUUGUCAAAAUCAUCUACUCCAUCUACAUCAAUACCAGUGAAAGAAGAAGUUGAAGUAGAUUUGUUAGGAAUAUCAUCAUCAACAAAACCAAACACCACCAACUCAAAUCUUAGAGAUUCAACACCAUUAAAUCAAAUAAUAGAAUCCGAUUAUACUUCAAACAAAGCAAAGGCAUCAGAAUCAUUUAAAAAUGGAGAUUUCGUGACAUCAUUAGAAUUAUACACUAAAUGUCUUGAUGCAUUACCACCAACUCAUGAAUACAGAGUUAUAAUUUUAUCAAAUUUGUCAUUAAUCAAUAAAAAUCUAGGUCAUUUAAAAGAAAGUUUAAUCAAUUGUGAAGAAGCAUUUAAAUUAAUUUCAAUAGAUGAAUGUUCAAAUGAUUCAGUUAAGAUAGACAAUAAACCAGUGAAAUAUUGGUUUACUAAAUUAUUAUCAAUAAAAGCUGAAUCAUUAGAAUUAAUGGAGAAAUUUAAAGACUCUUUGGAAGUGUAUAACAUUUUGAUUCAAAAAUUUAAUAAAAAUGAUAAAAAAAUAAUGGAUGGUAAAAGAAGAGUAGAUAAAAUAGUUAACCCACAAAAUCAUAAACCACCACCAACAACAAAAAAACCAACUACUACAACUACCUCAAAACCAACAGCAACAACGAAAUCAAAAAUUGUCGAAGAAAAAGAAUUAGAUUCACUAGUCAAAGAUUCAAUAAUUGAAAAAAUUAAAAUAUGGCAACAACAAAAAAACAAUGAAUUAAGAAAAAUGUUAAUAAAUUUAAAUGAAAUAUUACCUCACCAAUUAAAUUCUCCAAAAUUAUUAAAUUUAUCAACAAAUGAUGUUAUAAUGCCAAAACAAGUUAAAAUAAAUUAUUUAAAAAUUAUUAAUUUAAUACAUCCAGAUAAAACUCAUUCUAUAUUCAAAGAUGAUUUAAAAUCAAAAUUUUUAUGUAAUGAAAUUUUUAUUAUUUUAAAUGAAAGAUGGGAAAUAUUUAAAAUUGAAGAAAAUCUUUAA